CGUAUUCGUGCCCUGACGUUUGAGGUUAGUUUCAAACAUUGACCAGAAACAGAACGCUCUGUAUAACGAAUCUACCUUUUUUUUAAAACGCAAGAAGCACUCCACUCCUUUCUACAGUUACAUGCUUUAUUUCGCUGGCAAUUGAACGUACAACGAUCGAAUAACUGGUUAACACAUAUCGCAUAAAUAGUCAAAGAACUCUGAUCGUCGAAUUGCCGGUUCUCAAGUGAAAAACAGACACUUAAAAAGUCCGCUUAUAGGUUUCUAUCAAUUGCAAAAUAUGCUCUCGCCAAUUGUAAUACUUCUUGCUGUUGGUAUUGCGGUUGCUGAAGAUUGUAAAGGAUGUGUCUCUUUGGAUUCUUAUUCCUUUGAUAAGGUGAUACCAAAAUUCAAAACAGCAGUUGUUAAAUUUGACGUGGCAUUUCCGUAUGGGGAGAAACAUGAACAGUACGCACAGAUAGCCGCGGCAACGAAAGACUCUCACGAUCUAUUGGUUGCCGAAGUGAGAGUGAAAGAUUAUGGGAAUAAAGAUAAUUCUGAUCUCGCCGCCCGUUAUAAAAUAAAGUCCGAAACAUUCCCCGCCGUUCUUCUAUUUCUUCAAGGAAAAACAGAACCAAUUCCAUUCGUUGCAGAGAAAGAAACGGAUUUUACCGCGGACAAUAUUAAGCGGUUUAUUAAAAUGAAGUCCGGAGUGUAUCUUGGUCUUCCUGGCUGCGUGGAACAGUUAGACAGGCUUGCCGAGGAAUUCAGGACCAGCGGAGAAACGGAAAGAAGGGAAAUAUUAAACAAAGCCAAAGUAUUUGAGGAAACACUACCUGAAACGCAACGUGCGGCCGCGAAGGUUUAUGUUAAAACAAUGGAAAGAAUAUUAGAAAGAGGAGACGUCUUUGUUCAAACGGAACAAACUAGAAUAGAAGGCAUACUAAAAGGGAAGUUAUCGAAUGAAAAGAAACGCACAAUGGAAGAAAAACGUAAUAUUCUACAUUCUUUCUUGUACAGAGACGAAUUAUGAAGAAAUUAGCGUCACGCAGUAUUAUAAAUUUUUUUACAUAUACUUUUGUAAAAAAAUAGUAUUAAAAUUCAAUAUCCAACUGGUUGAAGUCCAGUACUUUGCAUUUUGUUUUUAUGAUUUAAAACAAUACAAAUGUAAAUGUAAAUCUCCAUUUCAUACAUUCCAAAAUUUCAGAUUAUGAUUUAUAUAAAUGUGAAAAAAGUUA